AGCUUCCCGCUCGGCGAUCUACUUCUUUCCCUACUCAGGCCCCUCCCCGCUUCCCCAGUCCUACGACUUCCGUUUGCCUGGUCUUUUGGGAAACAGCCGACUUCCGGCUUCGCAGCGGUGGGCGGAGCUAAGAUGGCUGAGCAGAGACUCGAGACGAGAACUCAGUUUCCUGCAUCUGCUGAAUCUCUAAAACCCCGGCUGAAAAAAGAGUUUCCUAUUUUGGAGAAGCAGAACUGGUUGAUACAUCUCCACUAUAUCCGGAAGGAUUAUGAAGCAUGCAAGGAUGUUAUCAAAGAACAGCUUCAGGAGACUCAGGGGUUAUGUGAAUAUGCUAUCUAUGUCCAAGCAUUGAUAUUUCGCCUGGAAGGAAAUAUCCAAGAAUCCCUAGAACUCUUUCAGACGUGUACUGUUCUCAGCCCUCAGUCUGCUGAUAACCUCAAGCAGGUGGCCAGAUCUUUAUUUCUUUUGGGAAAACAUAAAGCUGCCACUGAAGUAUAUAAUGAAGCAGCUAAACUUAACCAGAAAGAUUGGGAGAUCUGUCAUAACCUAGGAGUUUGCUACAUUUACCUGAAACAGUUGGACAAGGCACAAGACCAGUUGCACAAUGCCCUACAUCUUAACAGGCAUGAUCUGACUUACAUAAUGCUGGGCAAGAUCCACUUGCUGGAGGGAGACUUGGACAAGGCCAUCGAAAUCUACAAGAAAGCAGUGGAGUUCUCACCAGAAAAUACAGAACUUCUCACAACUUUAGGAUUACUCUACCUCCAGCUCGGCAUUUACCAGAAGGCAUUUGAACAUCUUGGAAAUGCACUGACUUACGACCCCACCAACUACAAGGCCAUCUUGGCAGCAGGCAGCAUGAUGCAGACCCAUGGGGACUUUGAUGUUGCCCUCACCAAAUACAGAGUUGUAGCUUGUGCUGUUCCAGAAAGUCCUCCACUCUGGAAUAACAUUGGAAUGUGUUUCUUUGGCAAGAAGAAAUACGUGGCAGCUAUCAGCUGCCUGAAACGAGCCAACUACUUGGCACCCUUCGAUUGGAAGAUUCUGUAUAAUUUGGGCCUUGUCCACUUGACUAUGCAGCAGUAUGCAUCAGCCUUCCAUUUUCUCAGUGCAGCCAUCAACUUCCAGCCAAAGAUGGGGGAGCUCUACAUGCUCUUGGCUGUGGCCCUGACCAAUCUGGAAGAUACAGAGAACGCCAGGAGAGCCUACGCAGAAGCAGUCCGCCUGGAUAAGUGUAACCCUUUGGUAAACCUGAACUAUGCUGUGCUGCUGUACAACCAGGGAGAGGAGAGGGGCGCCCUGGCCCAGUACCAGGAGAUGGAGAAGAAAGUCAACCUACUCAAGGACAGUAGCUCUCUGGAAUUUGACCCAGAGGGCUUUCUCCAGUUAUGGCGAGCGGGGGCCACUCUUCAUCGCGGUGUGCGGGCCUCUCACUGUCGCGGCCUCUCGUUGCGGAGCACAGACUCCAGACGCGCAGGCUCAGUAGUUGUGGCGCACGGGCUUAGUUGCUCCAUGGCAUGUGGUAUCUUCCCGGACCAGGGCUUGAACCCGUGUCCCCUGCAUCGGCAGGCAGACUCUCAACCACUGCGCCACCAGGGAAGCCCUGAAUCACGGAUGGUGGAGAUGGCCCAGAAAUUGGGAGCUGCUCUCCAGGUCGGGGAGGCACUGGUCUGGACUAAACCAGUUAAAGAUCCCAAAUCAAAGCAGCGGACCACUUCAACCAGUAAAGCCGCCAGUUUCCAGCAGCCUCUGGGUUCUAAUCAAGCUCUAGGACAGGCAAUGUCUUCAGCAGCCGCACACAGGAAGCUCCCCUCAGGUGCUGGAGGAACAUCCCAGCUCACAAAGCCACCAUCUCUUCCUCUGGAGCCAGAGCCCACUGUGGAAGCACAACCAACUGAAGCAUCAGCACAAAUAACAGAAAAAUAGGUGUAGGAUGAACCCAGAGUUGGGGUUUCUUUGGCGAGGAUGUUCCAGAUUAGGAAAGGUCCCAUGACACAGGCAGCAUGGAGGCCAGCACGUUCCCUGCGCAUCAUGAACUAGAACGCAGAACGUGUUAUGAUGAUCACGAGGAGCCUGAGGCCUACGCAGUCCCCUGCUGCCCCAUCAGCUAGGAAAGAGAGAGAAGAUGGCCCACACAGGUUCCCUAAGAAUUGAGAGCAAGGCUUCGGCUCUAUGUAUGUAGUUCCAAGAGCCAGCAGGGCAUGUGAUGCUAUCUGCGUUGGAAAGGACUUUAUCUCCUGGCUGGCUGACCCCUUCCUUUGUGGAAGGAAAGUCUGAGACAGACCUCUGCGCAGUAGUCCUGUCAUGACAAAGCCUUGUCUGUCUUAGCUGAGCUGAUCCUUGGGCUGUGUGGUAUAUCAGCCACUGAAGCAAACACAAAUCUUGGAUUAAUAAUCCAGCUCUAAUAGUCUAAAUUUAAAAGAAAAAAAAAAUAAUGAUGAAACAAGCUCUUUAAAUUGAGGCCCAGCCUAUUGAGUAUCCCAGCUGCACUUGCCCAAGAGCAUCCAGAACAAGUCCCUAUAUCUUGUUCUUGAGAGGUCAGAGUGUAGAGCCAGAUCAUGUCAGUAUGAAAAGAAGUAGAGAUGAAGGGCUGGUCUGGUAUCAGCACCAAGGAUUUAAAAAAAAGGAAGAGCUGCUUAACUGAGGAAUUUUUAUUUGACAAUCAAUGAUACCACUGACCAGAUGUUAUCAAUACAUUAUAUAUACUUUUCAGAAUAAAGAUUAUGUAUCAUC